AUGUCACGUCAACCACUUGGUGGACGCUUACGUGAAUCAAGUGUAACAAAUGGUCGUACUAUAAAAUUUGUCACCGAAGUUGGAUCAACAACAUCGUUGACAAGUGGUACUGGAAUGUUAAGUGCAUCACCAUUUGGUCAAAAUGCUGCGUCAACUAUACGUGAUAGCCGUGAACGUGAAAAAAAAGAAAUGAGCGAUUUGAAUGAUCGUUUAGCUACUUAUAUUGAAAAAGUUCGUUUUUUGGAAGCGCAAAAUCGAAAAUUAGCGGCGGAUUUGGAUCUUCUUCGUGGAAAAUGGGGAAAAGAUACAUUUAAUAUAAAACAAAUGUAUGAAGGAGAAAUUUCGGAUGCACGUAAAUUAAUUAAUGAAACAAUAAAACAGCGUGAUGAUUUGGAAAAGCAAAUACGUAAAAUGCAAGAUGAAUUAUCCGACUAUCGUAAGAGAUAUGAUGAAGCAUUACGAUUAUGCGAUAUUGAUCGCAAGAAAAUUGAUGAAAUGUUUUCGCAACUUGCAAAAAUUGAAGCUGAAAUUAACGCAUUGCGACGUCGCAUAACAGAAUUGGAAGAAGAAGUAAUGCGUAUUAAAAAAGACAAUCAACGAUUAUUGGGUGAAUUACAACGAACACGAACUGAUGUAGAUCAGGAAACGUUAAAUCGUAUCGAUCAUCAAAAUCAAGUGCAAACAUUAUUGGAGGAAAUUGAUUUCAUUAGACGUGUUCACGAGCAAGAAAUACGUGAACUACAAAGUCUUGCUGCACGUGAUACGACACCUGAAAAUAGAGAAUUUUUUAAGAAUGAAUUAGCAUCAGCAAUUCGUGAUAUUCGUGCUGAAUAUGAUCAGAUUACAAAUGUUAAUCGUACUGAUAUGGAAUCAUGGUAUCGUUUAAAAGUGCAAGAAAUUCAAACACAAUCUGCACGACAAAAUAUUGAACAUGGUUAUGCUAAAGAAGAAGUAAAACGAUUACGUACACAACUUACUGAUCUACGUGGUAAACUAACUGAUUUAGAAGGACGAAAUUCAUUGUUGGAAAAACAAAUACAAGAGUUAAAUUAUCAGCUAGAAGAUGAUCAACGCUCAUAUGAAGCAGCAUUAAAUGAUCGUGAUGCGCAAAUUCGAAAAAUGCGCGAGGAAUGUCAAGCUUUAAUGGUUGAACUUCAAAUGCUCCUUGAUACCAAACAGACAUUAGAUGCUGAGAUAGCAAUUUACCGGAAAAUGUUAGAAGGUGAAGAGAAUCGUGCCGGAUUACGUCAACUGGUAGAACAGGUUGUACGUACUCAUGAGUUAACUCAUCGAGAUGAUACCGAAACAAUGAGAGUUAUGAAAGGUGAAGCUGCAUCUCGUACAUCAUUUCAACGAUCUGCUAAAGGAAAUGUUUCCAUUCAAGAAACAUCUACCGAUGGUACCUUUAUUAUAAUUCAAAAUACACAUCGAGCUAAGGAAGAAUUAAUUGGUGAAUGGAAAUUGAAGAGAAAAAUUGAUGGAAAAAAAGAAAUAAUUUAUACAUUUCCACAUAAUUUCAUUCUUAAACCUGGAAAAAGUGUUAAGAUUGUAGCCCGUGGACAUGGCAUUUCAUCGCCACCAGAACAGCUCAUCUUUGAUGGUGAAGAGUCAUUUGGCCUUGGCUCAAAUGUUCAUACAAUUCUUUACAGUCGUAAUGGUGAGGAACGAGCCACACUUAUUCAACGUUCAAGCCAAGCCUAA